AUAGAUUACCGUUUUCCAAAUUUACCUUUGUACUUUUUUGAAUUCAAAGUGCUACAAAAGCUGCAUAGUUUCAAAAUGGGAUGUGAAGAAGAAGUUCUUGGCGUCGGCAAGAAGCUGGACAAAAUGAUUACCAAUAAAACAGCAGACCAUAGCUCUGUUUUUGACUUACUGAAAACUUUGCAGGAUCUGCCCAUGUCUUUGGAUGUUUUGCAGAAGACGAGAAUAGGUAUGACUGUCAACAAUUUACGUAAAGCCAGUAAAAAUGAAGAAGUUAUCUCCCUUGCUAAAACUCUGAUUAAAUUAUGGAAGAAGCUUCUACCAGGAGAAACAACCCAAUCGAAGGGAGGCAGUUCUUCUAAGGUUAAGAUGGACGAAACAUCGAACGACAGUACAGAUGUAGCUGCCGAAAAAGAAACGAAGGAAGAAAAGAAGCCGUCUUCUGCCUCGGAUACCAACGACGCUGUGAGAUUGAAAUGUCGUGAACUUCUUGCAAAUUCCUUAAAAUGUGACAAUCCUCCAGAAAAUAGCGGAGAUAUAGUUGAAAUCGCAGCAGCUAUCGAAGAUUAUAUAUAUAUUGAAUUCGGAAAUACUAACCAGAAGUACAAAAAUCGUGUUCGAAGUCGUGUGGCUAAUUUACGAGACGCCAAAAAUCCCCAACUUCGUUCACACGUUCUGAUUGGUGCAAUAUCUGCUUUGAGAAUGUCCAACAUGUCCACUGAAGAGAUGGCAAAUGAAGAUCUGAGAAAACUUAGAGAAAAAUUGACCAAAGAGAGCAUUGAUGAUCAUCAGAUGGCCAAAAAUCAAGGCACAGUCACAGAUUUGUUCAAAUGUGGAAAAUGUGGAAAAAGUAAAACAACAUACACGCAGCUUCAAACGAGAAGUUCAGAUGAACCUAUGACAACAUUUGUUUAUUGUAUGGAAUGUGGUAAUCGAUGGAAAUUUUGUUGA